ACCCUCAAUUCUCAAAUGUGGCUCUCUCCCAUUCUUCACAUUUCACAAGAUAUGAAUCACAUUUUUCUUCCACCGUCCACCCUUUAACCCUGUAAUUCUUCUACCUUCUUUCCUAUAUAUAAGUCACCAAUGCUUACCUCAUUUCACACACUCUUGUCUUGUCAUCCAAACAUACAAAAACAAAAUAAGCACACACUAAUCAGCAACCAUGGCUUGCUCAAGCUAUGCUUUGAAAACCAUUCCUUCUUCCUUUGUGAAACCUCUCAAUGCCAACCCAAGAUCAAUAUUUCUCUCAUCCUCACCAACCAAGGCUUUCUUACCCUUCACUUCUUCCAACCAAACUCUCACUAAGAAUCUCAAACUUAACACCACUUUGUCUCACUUUUCCUUGUCUUCAGUUCCCAAGAAAUUGUUCACUUGCAAAAGCCAGGCUGAACCUGUGGACUCUGAAAAAGUCCAAGAGCUUAGUGUGUAUGAGAUCAACGAGCGAGACCGUGGAAGCCCUGUUUACCUUCGAUUGAGCUACAAAAGUGUCAAUUCCCUUGGUGAUUUAGUCCCCUUCAGCAACAAGUUGUACACUGGAGAUCUGCAAAAGCGCAUUGGGAUAACAUCUGGAAUUUGUAUUUUGAUACAAAACAAAGCAGAAAAGAAAGGGGACAGGUAUGAAGCAAUCUUCAGCUUCUACUUUGGAGACUAUGGUCACAUAGCGGUUCAAGGACCUUACCUUACCUAUGAGGACUCAUAUUUGGCUGUGACUGGCGGGUCUGGCAUAUUUGAAGGAGUUAAGGGUCAAGUGAAGUUGCAUCAAAUUGUGUAUCCUUUCAAGAUUUUGUACACAUUUUAUCUUAAGGGUAUUAAGGAUUUGCCUAAAGAAUUUAUUGUCAGGACUGUUGAGCCCAUUCCAUCAGUGGAACCUUCACCUGCUGCUAAGGCCCUUGAGCCUCAUGCUACAAUUGCUGGUUUCACUGACUAGGAUGAAUCAUGAAUCCCUUUUUCCUAAAGGCUUUUGUAGUUUGAUUUGUGUUACUGAAUAAUAGGUGGAGAGUGUGGGUGGGUUUUAUAGUGGUGGAAUUUCUAUUUCAUGAAAAGCUUGACAUUAUGUAGCUAGUGGUGUUUCAUCA